AUGGCUAACGGCGACUCGGCAAAUUCUCGAAAGCAUCACCUAAUACAAGGAAUUGCUGCGAGCGCAGGAGAGAGCAAAGACUCCUCUGCAUCCACCUCUGCUUCUGCUUCUGCCAAACGACUUUCCUCGCACAGAGCUGCUUCGCGAGAUGUGUCGCAUCAGCGAUUUCAGCUGACAUCGACAUCCAAUCGAGCACAGACGACGAAAGAGAUGCUCUGCUCGCAGUGCUACACCCAACAGAACAAGUUCUAUUGUCAUACCAGAUGUCUGCCUGCCAGGAUAUCGGCUCAUCGAGAUGAAGUCAGACGCUUGAGCAGGACAAGGGAUGCAAUUGCUGAGCAGGUACGCGGUCUGCUUGGCCUUCGAUAUGCGUCUAGUCAGACGAUGCAUACGCAGGGCAAAAGGUCAGCAAGUGGUGAACCGGGUAGGGAGAUGGACGUGAGGGCUAGAAACAGACUGGCCUUGGCGUCUGUGUCGGGUCCUUCGAAAGUCCUGGCAUCAGCGUCAACAUUUGCGGAUCCAUUCGUGGGUGCAGAAGACACGUUACAGGCAGGCGCUGAACAUGCGAUGGAGGAAGCCGGGCCACCCGUGGCUGCUCAUAGGUACGCAGACGUGGCAUCGAGGUCCAGACGGGCUUUAGCCGAAGCUCUGCAGCAGACAAGCGACUCAGCAACUCGAUCUUCGUUUGCCUUACGAGAUGCCAACGCCUCGCAAUGGAAGCGCAUCGAAUCUCGGCGACAGGCGCUCGACGUGA